AACACGGCUUUCCCAUCUGCCAUGGCCUUCUGCCACCAAUGAUACCUCUGCCGCCAGCAUUUCCAGCGCCACCACCUCCACCUGCUGCACCAGCACUACCACUGCCACCAACUCCAGCAUUGCCACCUGCUCCACCAGGGCCGUUUGCCCAAGUACCACCACCCCCAGCAUUUGAAAGCGAAAUUUGGGGUCCUGGAGUGGCGGCGUUCGUGCAAGAAAAGGCAAUCGAAAAACUUCAAUCUGCCAUCGGGACUAGCUACCUCGAGCUGAAAGAAUGUUUGCGGGAAGAUACUGUUGGUCAGAAUCAUGAAUGGCUUGAAAUCAAAGCACUUCGAUGUGAAGAACAACUUCGCGAAGUCCUUGAUUUCAUUCGCGGUUUUGGCAGCGGCAAUACCCUGCAUGAAGGAAUAGCUGUGGCUGCCCCGGAGGAUGUCUUGGAAUUGUUUCACUGCAUUGAUUCGGACUUCCGUGAGCAACAAGCUCGGAUCCGAGAGCUCGUGGUCUACGAAAAGGUGCCUGUGAACUGUCGCCAUCCCGUGUCCGGCGACGGCCCCUUGGACUUCGCAGUGCUGCGACGCAGGCCUGCGAGCGCCCGGACGCUGCUGGCCUUGGGCGCCACGCUGGCGAGCUGCAGCAGCCAGGUGACAGAUCUCUACGAAGCAGCGCUGAGCGGUGGCUUGGAAGAUAUCGUACAGCUCUGCCUUCGCUGGGGCUCCAGCUACGAGGCGCACGUGGCGCUCUUCGCCGCGGCACAGCUGGGCGACGCGGAGCGCUGUCGCCAGCUGCUGGCGAUCAAGGCGGAUCCGGCGAGGCGGGAGCAGGUCACCGGCUUCAGUGUGUUGGAAUGGGCGGUGCUGGCCCCUGUGUCUGCUGAUGUAGUAGUCUCCCUGCUCCCCUAUGCUGAUGCGGUGGCGAUACAGUCAACCCUGCGGCUGUCAGCCAUUUAUGGUCGAAGUACUCUGCUCUACCAUUUAAUGUCAGCAGACUGUGACGUAUGUCGUCGUGAUGCUGACGGCUGGACGGCCUUUGACUGGGCCAUCUCCCAAGGUCACGAAGACUUUGCGCUGCAGCUGCUGCAGCAGGGUCCGCAGAUCGCCUAUGCCUCCGGCCGGCCCUUGGCGUCCUUAGCGCGGGUGUCGCGUCACAACGGCCUGAUCCACCUCGCCGAGCUACUGGAGGCAGAACCCGUGGCAAAGGCCGAGGCGGCCUUCGAGCAGAUCCUGCGCGGGGGAACGGCGACCGAGUUACAGGAGCUUCUGCUGCAGGGCCGCUUUCGCCUCAAUAGUCCCUUGCAAGUCUCCGACUUUGCCGGAAGUUGGCCAUUGCAAUGUUGUUUGGAGCUUUCUCGGCCUGACCUGGCCUUGCAGCUGUUGCGCUGGCAGGCCCAUCCAGAUACCGCAGCCGGAAAUGUUUCAACACCGCAGGAGGUCUUGCAGCAGGUGGCACGGAUGGAAUGUGUGGAGAUGGGAGAAAUUCUUCGUCUUCUGACGCUGCCUACAGCGCAAGCCUUGCCCCGUUUAACCCCAGCGCCCGCACCCAUCGCAGCAGCACCACCACCGCCUCCACUGAUGGUUCCACCACCAGUCCUACCACGGCCACCACUGGCGCCUCCAUUGCCGCGCCCACCGCCACUUGUGCCACCUAUGCCACCUGUGGCACCUGUGGCACCAGUUGUGACAGGACCAAUCCUACCGGCUGCGCCACACCCUUUGCCACCAGCUGUACCGGGGCCUGUGCCACCGGCUAUGCCGCGGCCACUCCCACCAUUUAUGCCACAGCCAGUGCCACCCACUCCGGCUGUGCAGCCGGUGAUGCCACCAGCCUUGCCACCAGCGAUGCCACUGCUACCGGCAAUGCCACCCGUAGUGCCACCCGCGAUACCUGCCGUACCACCGGCCGUGCCACCAGCUGUCCCACGGCCAAGAAUACCAGCUGCGUCACCUUUCCUUCGUCAGUGAAAAA